AUGGCUGCCAACCCUAGCUUCCUCAAGUACGUCGACGACCACCAGGCCGACUUUAUCCAGCGUCUCAAGGAGGCCGUCGAGAUCCCUUCGGUCUCGGGCAACCUCGAAUACGUCAAGGAUGUCGAGAACAUGGCCGACUUUCUGAUCAAGCAGCUCACUGAGCUCGGUGUCAAGGCUGAGAAGCGCGCGAUCGGUUCGCACACCAUCACUGGCGAGGAGGUUGCCCUCCCCCCCGUCGUCAUUGGUUCGAUCGGCAAUGACCCCAGCAAGAAGAACGUCCUCGUCUACGGCCACUACGACGUCCAGCCCGCCCUCAAGGAGGACGGCUGGGACUACGAGCCCUUCACCCUCACUCCUGACCCCAGCGGAUCGGGUCGCCUUUACGGCCGUGGCUCCACCGACGACAAGGGCCCCGUCAUGGGCUGGCUCAACGUCCUCGAGGCCCACAAGAAGCUCGGCAUCGAGCUCCCCGUCAACCUCAAGAUGGUCUUUGAGGGUAUGGAGGAGAGCGGCUCGGUCGGCCUCGACAAGUUUAUCGAGUCGGAGAAGGACGGCUUCUUUGCCGGCCAGGACUGCAUGUGCAUUUCGGACAACUACUGGCUUGACACCAAGACCCCCUGCCUCACCUACGGUCUCCGUGGUAUCAACUACUACGAGGUCCGCAUCUCGGGCCCCUCGCGCGACCUUCACUCGGGUGUCUUUGGCGGUACCGUCCACGAGCCCAUGACCGACCUCUUUGCCAUCAUGUCCAAGCUCGUCUCCCCCGAGGGCGAGAUCCUCAUCCCUGGCGUCAAGGAGCUCAUUGCCCCCGUCACCCAGGACGAGCAGGACAAGUUUGAGAAGAUCCACUUUGAGAUGGCCGACAUCCACGCCGCCGUUGGUGGCGACGUGACCAUCUCGGAGGACACUGUCAAGACUCUCAUGGGCCGCAUGCGCAACCCCUCGCUCUCGAUCCACGGUAUUGAGGGUGCCUUCUCGGCUCCCGGCUCCAAGACCGUCAUCCCCGCGUCCGUCGCCGGCAAGUUCUCGAUCCGUCUCGUCCCCAACCUGGGCAUCAACAACACCACCGAGUGCGUGUACAAGUACAUCAACGAAGAGUUCAAGAAGCUCGGCUCCAAGAACAAGUGCGAGGUCGAGCUCACCCACGGUGGCGAGCCCUGGAUUGCCGACCCCAACCACUACUCGUACCGCGCGGCCCACAAGGCCACCGUCGAGGUCUACGGCCAGGAGCCCGACUACACCCGCGAGGGCGGUUCCAUCCCCGUCACCCUCGACUUUGCCAACAUUCUCGGCCUCAACAUUCUCCUCCUCCCCGUCGGCCGCGGUGACGACGGUGCCCACUCGACCAACGAGAAGAUUGACACCUCCAACUACAUCAACGGCACCAAGCUCCUCGGCUCGUACCUCUACGAGCUUGCCGCCAUCAGCAAGGACUAA